UGAGGAAGACAGAAGAUGAGAAAAUUUCAUGCUGUUACCUUCUAAGCAGAAAGUAGCAGACUGAACUUCAUUGUGGACACAUGUAAGGAGAUUGAGAUGGCUGAGAAUAUCACUUUGACAACUGAGUUUAUUCUCACUGGAUUUAUAAGUCACCAAGAACUGCAGAUUCUUCUAUUCAUAUUUUUCCUUAUAAUCUAUCUAAUAACCAUAAUAGGCAACAUUGGACUGAUGAUAUUAAUUUCAAUUGAACCUCGGCUCCACUCACCUAUGUAUUUGUUUCUUGGUAACUUGGCAUUUAUGGAUUCUUUUAGCUCAUGUACUGUUACUCCUAAGAUGUUAAUGAACUUCUUUUCCAAAGAUAGAAUGAUUUCCCUUCAUCAAUGUAUGGCACAAUUUUAUUUUCUUUGCUUUUCUGAAACUUCAGACUGUUUUCUCCUGGCAGCCAUGGCAUAUGACCGCUAUGUGGCAAUAUGUAAUCCACUUCAUUAUCCCAUCAUUAUGUCAAAGAAACUCUGCAUUCAGAUGAUCACUGGAUCACUCAUAAGUGGCAAUCUACAUUCCAUGAUUCAUGUUGGCUUUCUAUUCAGAUUAACUUUCUGUAAGUCACACCAAAUCAAUCAUUUUUUUUGUGAUGUUCUUCCUUUAUACCGACUCUCUUGUACUGACCCUUAUAUUAAUGAAUUGAUGCUAUUCAUCUUCUCAGGCUCGAUUCAAGUCUUCACUAUAGGUGUUGUCUUCUUGUCUUAUCUUUACAUCCUUUUUACUAUCUUUAAGAUGAAAUCAAAGGAGGGACGAGGCAAAGCCUUGUCCACCUGUGCAUCCCAUUUUAUAUCCGUCUCAAUAUUCUAUGGUUCUCUUCUCAUCAUGUAUAUUCGGCCAGGUGCAGUUAAUGAAGGAGCCAUAGACAUACCCGUUGCUAUUUUUUAUACUAUAAUAAUUCCCUUUUUAAACCCUUUUAUUUAUAGCCUGAGAAACAAGGAAGUAGUCAAUGUCCUGAGAAAAAUUAUGGAGAAAAAAAUCUCAGGGGUAUUUGCAACAAAGUUUAAGCAACUGCUGCUGCUGUGGCCGCUGCCCAGGGCUGCACUAGGACUAGGGCUGGACCACACUCCUCUCACCCAGGUGUGA